UCGUCGAAAAAUAAACGAACCCCACUUUCACCCAGUCACACUUCCACUGCGUGACCGGGCUGAACCCCGCUCCGAGGCCGUCGACACGCAGGGCACAGUCGGCGGGGAUUUUGCCAGGGGGGGGGGAUAAAACAGCAACCGUGGAUCCGCGCGAACGAAAAUUUUUGUCAGCGUCCGCGCGUGCACCGGCAGCUCGCGCUCCCCCACUCCGGCAGCGGUGCAGCCUAUGGGAGAGCGUCUGGCUCCGCACCAGCCUCUCUGAUCGCUCACUCGGCGGCGAUUCCCUCGUCCAGUCCGUCCAGAUCGCCGGAGAGACAUGGAGGGAGUCGGCAGCAACAGGAGCAUGUCUUACAGCAGAUGGAGUUACGACAGCACUUUAGAUGACGAGGGCACCAACCUCCGACAGCAGAAACUGGACAGACAGCGAGCGCUCCUUGAACAGAAGCAGAAGAAGAAGAGGCAGGAGCCUCUGAUGGUCCAGUCUAAUGUGGAUGGGAGGUCUCGCACUCGCCGGACCAAACAGAGCGAGGAACAGGCUCCGCUGGUGGAAUCCUACCUCAGCAGCAACAGUAGCACCAUCUACCAUGUGCAAGAAACUGAACAGGAGGAGGUGAAGGUGAUAGCGGACACACAGCCGCCUCGCUCAGCCAAAAAGGGCAAAGCAUCGGCCAGCUCCACUCCACAGACAGGCAGCGACAAGAGGGAGAGAAAGGGGAAGCACAAAGCAGCAAUCGAUGGCCUGGCUUCCCAGCAGGACGAUGGUCAGAUCCAGAUCCUGACAGUGGGUCAACCCACCACAGAGGAGGGCGAGGGAGAGCCUGUCAUGAGCUGCACUCAGUCACAGAGUAAACAGGAUCUGCGUGUCACCAUGCUCAAGAAAGGUAUAUCCAGCAGUAUGAAUUUUGAUGAAGAAGAGGACGACGAAGAUGAAAUUAGCUCCAGUUCCUCACAGCUCAACAGCAACACGAGACCAGGCUCUGCCACUAGCAAGAAGUCAUGCAAGGAGGUGGCCUCAGCACCCACUCCACCAGUCAGUGAACCUGCCAUCGAUGUAGAUGACCUUGAAGAGUUUUCUCUGCGACCUGCACCCCAGGGGGUCAGAGUGAAGUGCAGAAUCACCAGAGACAAGAAGGGCAUGGACAGAGGCAUGUAUCCAACAUACUACCUUCAUCUGGAGAGAGAGGAUGGCAAGAAGGUGUUUCUGCUGGCUGGCAGGAAGAGGAAAAAGAGUAAAACAUCUAAUUACCUCAUCUCCAUUGAUCCCACUGAUCUUUCUAGAGGUGGAGAGAGUUUCAUUGGUAAACUGAGGUCUAAUCUCAUGGGAACCAAGUUCACCGUAUAUGACAGUGGUCUGAACCCUAUGAAGAGCACCACGAGCCUCGAAGCUAGCAAUCUGCGUCAAGAACUAGCAGCCAUUUGCUAUGAAACCAAUGUUUUAGGAUUCAAAGGACCUCGUAAAAUGAGUGUCAUCAUUCCUGGAAUGAACAUGGACCAUGAGAGAGUGUCUAUUCGUCCACGAAAUGACCACGAGUCACUGCUGGCCAGGUGGCAGAACAAGAACACAGAGAGCGUGAUUGAACUUCACAACAAGACGCCAGUGUGGAACGACGACACACAAUCCUAUGUCCUCAACUUCCAUGGCAGAGUCACUCAGGCCUCCGUCAAGAAUUUCCAAAUCAUCCACGACAAUGACCCUGACUAUAUUGUGAUGCAAUUUGGCCGUGUGGCAGAAGAUGUCUUCACCAUGGACUAUAACUACCCAAUGUGUGCCCUCCAAGCCUUUGCCAUUGCCCUCUCCAGCUUUGACAGCAAGCUAGCCUGUGAAUAGAUCCCAGCCUGAAGUUCAGUGGAGAACUGGUCCAUCUGUCCUCUAAACAAGGGCUGUUAGUGUAUCCCUGUGGCUGGUUUGAGAUCUUCAAACCACCCAGUACCUUGGAAGUCCUGCAUUUCCCAAAAUGCUUUAUGGGCCUCAAGUUUUGUGUGUAUGUGUGUGCGUUGGGGGUGGGGGGGGCUUCAGAAUGCUCUUGGUCAGUGGAAGAAAACAAGCACAAAGAGUAAUCCACUUUCAAAAUCAGAUGUUUUGAUAACUAUAGUCAUUUUUUACUGUAAUGGCAUUAUAAAAACAAACACUAUUCCUUUAUGUAGUAGUUAGAAAAAGUUUUAACAUUUCUUUAUCUGUAAAUUACAACUAACAGUUACACAUCUGUAAGUUUUAAAAGUUGACUGGGUUUUAUGUAGUCUGCCACAUAAAAAACACGACGUCACACACUUCCUCAAGCAUGAACACUGCUUAUAUAGUUACUGAAUUAAAAAAUAACAUGCAUGUCACGAUAUAUUUAUUUUGUUAUUUAUGUAUUUAUUACAUGUUCAUUUUGUUUUCUGAUAUCAUUUUUCAUCAAUUCCAGCAGUAUUGGCUGCAUGGAGCUGCAAGCACCUAAAUUAGCAUCACAAGAAGGAAUAUCUGUUGUAUCCACACAAAACAAUUAGUGACUUGGACAUGAACAGGGCAAAGGCAUGUUACACUGUGCUGUGUACCAUAUACAAUAUUGUAUCACAGUGUCAUGUAUGUGAAUGUAUAGGAUGAUGGUGCACUUUACUUUGUAUUCUGUAGUGGAUGAGAUAUAGCUGUACAUAUGUUAUUGUGCCUUUGACGACUAAUUCCAGUGUUACACUUUGGCCGUAAAAUGAGCUGAGCUUGAAUUGGUCUUUGCUAUUCUUGC